AUGUUGAGGACUUUGAACAAACUGUUGACUCAUAAAGCUACGAUUAAAAUACAAAAACGGAUGAAAUCGGAUGACAUACCAAUAUUGAUAAACGGAAAAACUGUUUGUGUUCCGAAACAUUUUACAAUACUUCAAGCGCUCCGCAGAGAAAGAGUGACUAUACCAUCCUUUUGUUAUCACGAAAGGUUGUCAAUAGCCGGGAAUUGUAGAAUGUGUUUGGUCGAAGUAGAAGGUAUGUUUAAACCACAAAUAGCAUGUGCUAUGCCUAUAAUGAAAAAUAUGAAGGUGUGGACGAAUACAGCUAUCACACAAAAGGCUCAAGAGAGCGUUUUAGAAUUCCUUUUAAUUAAUCAUCCACUCGAUUGUCCAAUAUGCGAUCAAGGGGGUGAAUGUGAUUUGCAGGAUUUGUCCAUGAAGUUUGGUAACGACCGUAGCAGAUUUACUGAUAUUCAUUUCGAAGGGAAAAGGGCUGUUGAGGACAAAUAUUUAGGACCUCUAAUACGAACUGAAAUGACUCGGUGCAUUCAAUGUACAAGAUGCAUCAGAUUCGCUUCACAAGUAUGCGGUAUGGAUGUUUUAGGUACAACUGGACGAGGCACGGAUAUGCUGGUCGGAACAUACGUAGAUAAAAUGUUUCUGUCUGAAAUGUCAGGAAAUAUUAUAGAUCUUUGCCCUGUUGGAGCUUUGACAGCUAUCCCAUAUAUGUUUAAAGCAAGACCGUGGGAGAUUCGACAAGCAAAUUCUAUAGACGUGACUGAUGCAACGGGCACUAAUAUACUAUUAAAUUAUCGAUUUAAUCGAUUGCUCAGAGUUUUACCUCGAGAACACGAAGAAAUCAACCAAGAAUGGCUUUCUGAUAAGGGCAGGUGGUCUAUCGAUUCUUUGGAAAUGCAAAGAUUAGUAUCACCAAUGACGCGUAGUGAAGAUUGUUUGAUUCCUGUUGAAUGGGAUUGUGCACUUAAAUUAGUUGCUUCUGCAAUAAAAUCUGUAAGUCCUGGUAAAAUAAUGGCAAUUGCGGGGCCUUAUUGUAACGCGGAAGCGUUAGUAGUGUUGAAGGAUUAUUUGAAUAUACUUGGUUGUGAAAAUACGUAUACAGAACGGGAUUUGUCGCAUUUAAAUGGAAAUAUUGAUUUGAGAGCUAGUUAUUCAUUAAAUGUAAAAAUGAAUGACAUCGCGAAGGCUGAUAAAAUUCUAUUAGUGGGGACAAAUCCUCGAUUCGAAGCCCCAAUAUUGAAUACUUGGAUAAGAUUAGCUUACACACAUAAUGAAUGUGAUAUAUAUGUCAUUGGACCACAGUGUGAAUACAAUUAUUUUGUCAAUUACAUCGGUCAAGAUGUAAAUAGCAUAUCAAAAGCAAAGGAUAUUUUUAAAAGUGCUAAAUUGCCUCUAAUAUUUGUCGGAGUAGAUCAGUUGGAAUCGCCGAAUGCUGGUAUGAUAAUUAAUAGUUUAUAUAAUUUAGCAUCAGGUUUUAAAGGUGACAAAGAAUGGGGAGUAUUGAAUAUUAUAACUAGAGAAGCGAGUUUUGCUGCUGCUCUUGAAUGUGGAUGGAAACCAGGCGCACUAAAAGCAAUGCAAACGAUAUGCCCAAGUGUAAUAAUAUCCUUAGGGGCAGAUGAUAUAUUUUACAAGUCAAAGCCACCAAAAGAUUCAACCACAAUAUAUAUUGGUUUUCAAGGAGAUGUGGGAUCAGAGGUGGCAAGUAUAAUAUUGCCAGGAUGUGCUUUCACAGAGUCAGGUGGUACAUUUAUGAAUAUGGAGUGUCGCAGUCAAUUCGCGAUGCCUGCUGUCACACCGCCUGGUAAGGCACGUUACGAUUGGAAAAUAAUAAGAGCCCUGGCAGAAUAUACUGGAAUUUGUUUAUUCUACAGUGACCAAAAUACGCUGUGUUGUAGAAUGGCACAAAUCAGUCCGAAUUUUGUUAAUUUUGGACCAUAUCAGCAUAAGUUAUUCGCGGAAUUAGUGCCAUCCAUAAUUGAGCAGGGAAAUCAAGCAGGUGGCCCUAUAAAUGUUGCAAUGAAGGAAUUACAGGAUUACUAUUGUUCAAAUAUCUAUACUUGUAACUCGAUUACAAUGCUUAAAGCUCAGAAAGCUGUUGCGGAACAUAAAUGUUCAGAUUAUGCUGCCAUUUAGUUAUAUCGAGAAUCUUCGUAUUUAUUAUUAUGUUGAAUAUAC